UGAGCGUGUUGUUGGUUCAUGCAUAAUUUCUAAACAAUUUUUCCAAGCCCCUUAUAAACCGUACAUUGCUAUCAAUAUCAGCAAAAAUAUAAUAUUUCCUCUAUCUUAUCAAUUAAAACUGAACAACAAAUGGCAUUUAGUGUGUUAUUUUGAUUCCUUUCGACGUCUAUUGAUUUAUUGUAAGCCAGUGACCUGUUUUUCGUAUUUGUUAUGUGAAUCUCGUAAAUAAUUAAUAGUUGUACUUAAUAUUAAGUAGGCAUUGUUGUUGUCAUUAUUUUUUGAGAGAUGUAAUAAAGUUACUAAUAUGACAGUUUUAAAUUAAGAACAUUAUUUACAAAAUUUUUAUUUACUAUAAUUUUGAUUAUUAGUUAUGGUUUUUCUUUAACAAUGAUGACGCCUAUAGAGGAGAGAAAAGAUGAAAAGAUCCGCACUGGCAUGGUCCAGGUAUCAGAUGGCAAGUCACGGCCCAGAGUUGCCCGUCUGGUGCUCACUAUGGAGGCGGUGACGGUGCAACGGGAGGUAGUGGUACCACCACCCACCAGGGACAAGACAGUGCCACAUGCUAGAGAGCGUAUGGUCCAAAUAACACGACAGAAAGUCGGCGGAUUGGGUCUGAGUAUAAAGGGUGGGUCCGAGCACAAACUGCCCAUACUGAUAUCCAAGAUAUACAAGGACCAGGCGGCGGAUCAGACAGGACAACUGUUCGUAGGGGACGCCGUCAUUAAAGUGAACGGUGAAUACAUAACGGCUUGUAAACACGACGACGCCGUCAAUAUACUGAGGAACGCUGGUGACAUAGUCGUGCUCACGGUGAAACAUUACCGGGCGGCCACACCGUUCCUACAAAAACAAGCGGACGGAGCUUCAGACACAGACAGCAGUACUGGUGACGAACAUCCCUCGCUACACAACAAGGUGGACGACAACUGUAACACAGAGAGGAACGCUGACACCAACGGCGGCUGGCAGAGCGCGUGGGGCGAAUCUGAGGAAAGUCGUCCGGGGAGUGCCGCGGGCUCCGCGAGAGGCUCCCGGCCUCCGUCCGCCGCGGGGGACGUACAGACAUGGGUGGAUGUAGUCUCCGUUCCUCUCAUGAUGGGAUAUGUCACGAGAUACGUGUUCGGAACUGACAAGUUACGACCAGGAGCUUUCGAGGUCCGCGGUGCGAAGCCCCACAUGACGUCAGGGGUGAUUCAUGUGGACGACCCCGCCGCCCUCUCACAGUGGCUCAAGAGCAUCUCGGACAAUAUCAUGGGCCUUACUAACCUCCAGAUGAAGCUUUUCAACCGUCACCUGAGCGGCGGCGACCGUAUAGAGUAUAUGGGCUGGGCUCACGAGGGCCUGGUGACGGCCGCACAGCCCUGGCAGACCUACCGACCCAAGUUCCUCAUGCUGAAGGGAACUGACGUCAUGCUAUUCGACGUACCGCCGUGUUCGGUGAGCGAGCUGUCCAAGUGCCCGGAGGUGUUGAAGGUGUAUCAGACCAUGUUCCGCACUGUGAAGGAGAGCGAGACGGUCGACUGGAGGCAGCACUGCUUCCUGGUGCAGAGCUCUGGCGCGCUCGGCGGACCCGGGCCCAGAUACUUCAGCGCCGACACCAGGCACGAGCUGCUGCGCCUCGAGGCCGCCUGGACGGCCGCCGUCGUACACGCCGUUUUGAGACUCGGGAAGAAGACCUUUACCGUGGUCCACAUGGGUCGGGCGGCGGGGCUCACGUUAGACUGGUCGUCGGGGUUCUCUCUCAGUGAGGGUACUCCCGGAGCGCCUCCCGUAUGGUCCUACAGGUUUUCCCAGCUGCGGGGCUCCAGCGACGACGGGAAAUCAAAACUCAAACUACACUUCCAGGACACUGACACCAAAGUUAUCGAGACCAAGGAGUUGGAGUGUCAGAUCCUUCAGAGCCUGUUGUUCUGUAUGCACGCCUUCCUCACGGCCAAGGUGGCGUCCGUCGACCCGGCCUUCCUCGCCUCCAUACAGCACGCCACUUAGAGCUCUAUAUUCUAUCCUUCUAUCCAGAAACUCCCUUCCGUACUUUGGACUAAAGCUUGUUAUGGUUCGAAGAUUUAAAAAUAAUGUAUGAAAAUGUAUAGGUAUUAAGUCCUUGACAACGCAAUUGAAAUCUAUAAGACGUACGUAUGUAAGAUUCAUUAUAUUUAAAAGAGGCUCAGUUUAGUAGUUAUCGUAUCUUAUUAUUAUGUAGAUAGAGUUGAUUUUGCAACUAUUUUUAAAAUUUAACCGCCAACCCUUCUAUUACGAAGUCGUGAGGUAGAAAAUAUUUGAUAAUUUAAAGUAACAUGGUGCUGUUUGCCUCUCUGCUAGUUAAUUAUAUGUUGAAUUGAUGUAAUGUAGAGUGGACAAUGGAUCGACCCGAGAGGGAUUCCAACCCGGGACUGGCGAGGUGUCUCACAGUCGCUCUAACUUUUAAGCUAACGGGACCUUCGGGAGUCGAUGCUUGCGUCAUUCUAUUUUAUUUUGAAUUUAAUCCAAAUAUGUAGUAACAUAACGCUUAAAUGUUAUAUAUUUAAUUUAUAGACAAACAAAUUAUUAUAAAAGUUAUAGACAAAUCUUAUCUCCUGUAUACAAUGACACACAGCUCAUGUAACGCUCCGCCCGCGCGCCCGGCGCGGACGGCUCGCUGUGUCGCCGAGGCCUGAACGUGACAGCGAAUUAGUUCAGUAGGUAGUGCUCUGAAUCUCUUCCAGUACUCCGUAGCUUAUAAUCUGUGAUUUCGAUACUUUAGCUUCUAAAUGAUUUUCUAUUUCCUAGUUGUACAUCAAAAUUAUAUAAAUCUAGUUGGAAACGAAUCUUCAAAUCGUUGUUAUAGUUUUAAUUAAUUUAUUGUUAAGAUAAAUAUACUCAGCGUUGUCGACCCUCCCGUCUAGAUACGACCAAAGAUGUUAAGGCCGGACCGCACUGGUGAGGACUCGCCUAUGAAAUGAAAUCAAUUAUUUGAUAGGAUUAGCGUCAGCGGGAGUGUGGCUCGAGCCUUGUGAUUGAGAUCUCGCAAUCAAUACCGAGUCGCUAGGACUGAUGUGUACAAAUUUUUAUUAAGUCUUUCGAGUGAAUUGGAUGUUUUCCUUUUAAUAUUUUUGAUGCUUUUGGCGAUCCGAUCACUGAACGUCCGAACGAAGAAACGUUUAUUAUACAUAAGAUGGCGCUUACAUCAUAUCAUUAAAAUUAAGAAAAUUAUAUUGUUAUAAUUUUAUAACGAAAUUCUAAAAAAAAAAAUGUUUCGUUUUUUUGUAAUAUUUAUCCGAGUUAUCUGUUGUUACCUGAGAGUGGGUCGUCGUAGAGAGCCCCGCGUCACGUCUAAGCGUGCCACGCGCCGACCAAGUAUAUAAUUUUUAUGAUAUAGUUAACGAAUUUCGCUUUUGAUAUUUAUAAUGUUUAUGUGAUUGUGUCAAUUGUACUAACGAGGAUUUUAGUAUCUUAGAUACCUCAGCGCAAUUAUUCGUCCCCAUAGAUAUAUAUAGAGUGAGUUCCGGAGUUGUUCCACUGGCAGACCUACUCAUGACGUCAUCGCAUCGAUCAAUUCUCUAUACUAUAGCUCUAAUGUAUGACAAUAUUAGCGUUCUUAUAACAGUCAGUAGAACAGUAUUAUGUAAGGUAGUCCCUUAUCUGUAUCUCUCUAUUUAGUGCUUAGAUACAAUUUUCUAUGUGGUUGUUCGCCUGUGACGGUACAAGGGCCAAUGCGUUAAUCAAUUUAUAUGUAAUACUCAAGACUGAUGUAGUUGUGUCUUUACUGCUGUACCGUGGGGUUCUUCGUUAGUGUAGUCGCGGCCUGCGGGCCCGGCUCGUUGAGUUCGACGCUAUUUGUUUCCUGUGAAAGUUGAACGGUCUGUACGAUGUAAUGUAACUCGUCACCCUGUAACCGCGUAGUUGAAUAAUAGUUGUAACUACUGUUGAUGAUGUAACUUAAUGUACUCAUUAGUAAAAUUUUAUCCAUA